AUGGAUGAUAGCUGUGCCGUCUGCGCCGAUAACCUCGAAUGGGUUGCCUACGGAUCCUGUGGCCACCGAGAAGUUUGCUCCACAUGCGUCGUUCGUCUCCGUUUCGUCCUCGGCGAUCCUCGCUGCUGUAUCUGCAAGUCUGAGUCUCCUAUCGUCUUCGUCACCAAGGCAUUGGGUGAUUAUACGAGGACGAUCAAUGACUUCUCGACCUUCCCAACAGCACCAAAGGAAGGCCGAGUGGCUGGAGGAUUCUGGUAUCAUGAAGACACUCAGGCUUUCUUUGAUGACUUGGAUCAGUACAGGAUGAUCAAAGCCAUGUGUAGACUCUCAUGCAGUGCUUGUGACAAGACGGAGGAACAACAACCGAGGGAAGGACCUGGGCCAAGGCAUCGUAUGCGGAUCAAGAGUGUUGAACAGCUGAAAGGUCAUUUGUAUCAUAAGCACAAAUUGAAUAUGUGCAAUUUGUGUCUCGAAGGGCGUAAGAUAUUCAUAUGUGAACAAAAGUUGUAUACUAGGGCACAGCUGAACCAACAUAUACACACUGGUGACUCUGAAGUUGAUGGAACUGAGAGUGAAAGGGGAGGCUUCGCUGGACAUCCGAUGUGUGAAUUCUGUAGAAAUCCAUUCUAUGGUGAUAAUGAGUUAUAUACUCACAUGUCUACGGAGCAUUACACCUGUCAUUUGUGCUCAAGGUCGCAGCAAGGACAAUAUGAAUAUUACAAAAACUAUGAUGACUUGGAGCUUCACUUCCGCCGAGACCAUUGCCUUUGUGAAGACGACUCCUGCCUUGCUAAGAAGUUCAUAGUUUUCCAAAACGAAUCUGAGUUGAAAAGGCAUAAUGCUAUCGAGCAUGGAGGUAGAAUGUCUCGGGCUCAGCGAAGUGCUGCUUUGCAGAUACCAACUAGUUUUCGAUACCGACGAGAAAAUAACCUAGAGAAUCGUCGUGGAAGAGCUCGAUCAUUUCGUCGUGAGCCUGGUGAUGAUGAUUAUAAUCAAGCAGUUCAUGCUGCUCUUCGUUUAUCUGAGGCUGAGUAUUCUCGGCAAGAGCCUGCUCCUGCUCCUCCACCUUCAAGUGCACCGCCACCUGGAUUCUCUGAGAACAACAACAGACACAUUGAUGAUGGCGAUCCUCUUAUUCAACCAAUGGAAUCCCUAUCGACUACCGAUAUGGAACCCUCAUCCCGAUAUCUUCAAGCUGUAGGCAGCUCCGGUGGUGUUGGUUCACGUCUUGGAGAAUCUGCUUUUCCUCCUCUUGCAGCUCAACCAAGAUCUGGACAGAAUUUGGAGAGUUAUCCUACUAACACCUUGGCUGCUCGCCUAAGACGUCAAACAAAUCGAACUGCUCCCGUUACUGCUGUUGCUAGUCCUUCUGAAGCAUGGCCAGCGGUUAACCGAGGCCCAUCACAAUCUUCCAGUAUAAGUAGCCGUGGCAAUCCUUCUUCUGGAUGGCCAGCAAUAGGUCGCGCACCUGUACAAGCCACCAGUUCUUCAGCCCAAUCUAGGACCAAUGCCAGAGUUUCCCAGCCGGUUUCACAGUCUGCUCGUAAUGCAAACAGGAUUCCUCACUCAUCCUCAGCCCCUAAUCUAGCUGAUACAAGAUCACUUCAGCCUUCUGAUUUUCCUCCAGUUUCCUCUGCUGUGAUGCAAAAUCACAGGGCACCAUCCACCACUACACAGGGAUCUUCGAACAGCCAACCGCUUCCUGAUGUACAGUCUGCCAACAAGUCAUUGAUUGAGAAAAUGCGAUCUGCACUUGGUCACGAUGAGGAUCUAUUCAUGACCUUCAAAGAUGUAUCGGGACAGUAUCGUCAAGGUUUGAUUGAUGCGAGGACUUACUUGGAGUACGUGAAAGGUUAUGGGUUAUCUCACUUGGUUAUUGAUCUUGCUAGACUCUGCCCUGACCCUAAAAGGCAGAAGGAGCUCAUUGAUACCCACAAUCAAAGUUUGAAAAACGUUACAAAGGAAAAUGGCAAGGUUGCUGCACAAAGCUCGUCUCAAUCUCAAGAGAGUCAAGGUUCAAAGAAGAACAAAGGGAAAGCUGUGAAGGUUGCUGAUCCAAAAGAAGCAUUAGCAGAUAACUUCAUGGACACAGUGAGGAGAUUACAAUCCUCACAGAACUUUCAAGAAGAAGAUGAAGUGAUAUCAAAAGAUAAGGAUGCGUACCGGUCUGACAAAGGCAAAUCAACAGUAGCAGGAGCGGAUUCUUCUUCAGCCGGAAACAAGCAGCAACGUAAGAAAACAUCAAAGUUUCACAGAUUACGGCUUGGUGAUGGAUCAAUGGCUGCGUUGCUAGAUUUGAACAACUCUAACCAUCAGUCUGAACCAGAAUCAAAGGAUGACAAUCAGAAUCAAACCGGUGGAUUGCCGGUACGUGGUGUUUGGCGUAAAGGAGGGUACGUUAAAGGUUAUGGUUUGUCUCACUUAGUUAUUGCUCUUGCUAGACUCUGCGAGAGCCAAGGUUCAAAGAAAAACAAAGGUAACGCUGUGAAUGUUAUUGAUCCUAAAGGCGCAUUAGCGGAUAACUUUAUGGACACGGUGAGGAAAUUACAAUCCUCACAGGAUGUUCAAGAAGAAGAUGAAGUGAUAUCAAAAGAUAAGAAUGCAUAUCGGUCUGACAAAGGCAAAUCACAACUAGCAGGAGCGAUGUUCUUCAACAGGAAACAAGCAGCAACGUAA